CCCCCAGCAGGCACGGGCCAGCGAGCGAGGGCACCCAGCAUGCAGGCACAGCACACACGGAGGCUGCUACUCAGUGUAGGACGGAGUGAAAGUCAACCAGGCCUAGGAGCAUGUACAAGCACACGGAGCCACGCCCACGUGGUGACAGGUGCAAAGAGCCCUGUGACAUCAUCUGGAGCCCUCACUCUAACCAACCUGGAAGCCAGGCCCCAGGUGACCAGGCCAAAGGGCUCCCUGGUGGCUCCUGUCUGGUCCUUGGACUUCUGUUCCUGAGCCCAGUGGUGGAGGCAGCAGUGGCCAUGCGCAGAUGCUCCAGCUCCUACACGCAGCUCCUCAGCCAGCUCCAGAGCCAGGCCUACCUCAUGAAGGACACCGGUUGCCUCCUAGAGCCCUAUAUUCGCCUCCAAGGCUUAAACACACCUAUUCUGAGACGGUCCUGCAUGGAGUGCUCCGACAGCGCCUUCCCCAGCAAGGACGCCCUGGGAGCACUGAGCAGGCAUGCCUUCCUGCACAGCGUCAGUGCCACACUGGGCAGUGUCCUGCAGGGACUGCAUGCUCUGCAGCAGAAGUGCUUGAAGGCCAAGGACUUGCCAGAGUUGCACAUGGCCAUAGAGAACAUCCGGGGCAUCAGGAACAAUAUCUACUGCAUGUCAGAGCUGUUCACCAAAGGCUCAGAGAUGAAGACGCCCGAGGCCCCACGACCUAGCACAGAGGCUCCGCUGACACCCUCUGCCCAGGACACCUUCCAGGCCAAGAUGGAGGGUUGUCAGUUUCUAUGUGGCUACCACAGUUUCAUGGGCUCCGUGGAGCAAAUCUUCAGGAAGUGGGGGGACAGCUCGAGUCGUAACAGGAGACACAGCUCCCGCCGGGCCUUGCACAAGGGGGCACGCAGGGCCAGGCCCUCAGGAAGGGUCAGGAGGCCUGUGUCCAUGGGGCAGCUGUCCUGGUAGUCUGAGCAACACCCCUGUGGGUGUGGAUGUGAGGAGCCAGUGGAGGGUGCUGGGUCCCCACCUGGGUUUCCAAAUCUGCUGUCU